AUGAUCAGAAGCAAAGCUAGCAUAUACCAAGUGUUAGGCUCUAUAAUUUUUCUAUCAAAAUUUGAUUUGCUAUCACUAUCCAAAGCUAUAAUCCUGCUAUCUCUGUCAUGUUUCAAAUUUCCAGUACCUGAAAAUCUAAUAACUUAUUCUAUCUUCUAUUUUACUACCUCAGAUCCUACCAUUUUCGAAAUUGGGCUCAUUCUAUCGACUUUUCUUUUUCCAAUUGAAGAAUCUGAGCCCAAAAACAUUAUUAUCAAGCUAACUUUAUGAUUUCUCUUACUCUCCUCUCUGUGAGUGAACAAAAAUUUUUUUAAUAGAAAAUUUUUUUAUGGAAAAAAAUGUUGAUAUAUAAGUGAUAAUUAUUAUAUGAAAUCUCGAGCUAAUUCUGUUUAAUUUUAAACAAAUUGCUUUUUUAAAACAUAAAUUUUACAAAUUAAAUUAAUAUUUGCUUUCCAAUUUUUAUAGAAGUGAGAUUUUUUAAAUUUCGAAAAAAAAUUUAUAUAUAAAAAAAAAGAAAUUAAACCCCCCUCCUUGAGUGAACAAAAUUUUUUUGUUCACUCAAGGAGGGGGAGUUAAAAAACUACAAGUAAUCGGAUGCAAGUUGAACUAUCAAUUCUGAUAGUUUUAGUUGCUAUUCACACUUCAUGCCAAACUUAUCAUAGUUACAAUAAGUCUGAACUCCAUACAAAGCUGGAAGAGCUGCAAGUUGAACUUGCAGCUUCAAAAGAACGAGAUAACAAUAAACCAAAUCUUUCAAUGAGGAUAAGAAGAAUAGUAAAGAAAUUGAAAUUGAUGCAGGAAAGCAAUGGGAGCAAGUCAAUAUCGAGGCAAGAUUCUAUGGAAUUAGAUAAUUUAGAAGCAAAAAAAGAAAUCGAUCCUGACAUAAAAUUUGUUAACCGGGAUAGAUUUAAUAACACUGAAGGAAAUGAGCCUUUAGAUGCGAGAUUUUGGCUUUCUUCUGAAGAAAUCAAAGAUAUCAUCUACAACUUAGUCACUACUGAGACAGCUUUAUGGCCUCAGGCAAAGCCAAAAGAAGAAAAUGAUAUUGCUAAUGUAAGUAUUGAAGCAAAACGAAGGUAUACACAAGCAUUCUCAAAUACAGGGGAAAAAUCAGAAAAAAUAUUUGAGACCCAGAGAGCUAGCACAAAGCCUAGCAUUGCUUUAUCAAAAAUGAGUGUUAUGAGGAGCACAGUCGAAGAGAAUGAAGAUUUAGGCGGCCACUUAGAAACAAUAGGAACUUGGGAUUUCGAUACCCUUGGGCUGCUAGAACUAACUGAUAAGCCAGCUUUUGAAGUUGGAUUUUAUGUUUUUGAGACAUUAGGUUUAACUGAAGAGUUUCACAUUGACAGUGAAAAUUUAUUGAGAUUUCUUACAAACGUGGAGAGAUCUUACAACGCUACAAAUUAUUAUCAUAACUCUUUGCAUUCUGCUGAUGUUACAGCUUCAACUGUAUUCCUAAUCAGAGAAGGUGUAGGAAGAUGUGGAAAUUUGCUAUCAAUUGAUGUAUUUUCUUUAAUUGUCGCAGCAUUAUGCCAUGAUAUUGGCCAUCCAGGAUUCAACAAUGCAUUUCUAGUUGCAAAAGAUGAUAAGCUAGCUUUAAAAUAUAACGACCAAAGUGUUUUGGAAAAUAUGCACAGCUGUGCAACCUUCAAAAUUUUAAGAAGAGAUGAUUGCAAUAUUAUCAGUAAACUAUCAAGAGCUGACUAUCUAAGAUUCAGAAAAGUCGUCAUCAUGUCUAUCCUUGCCACUGAUUUACAGAGACAUUACGACGUUCUCAAUGAAUUCAAAACUUGUGUGAAAAAUGGUGCAAAAUAUGAAGAUGAAAAAUUCAGAAUUCUAGCUUUGCAAACUACAUUGAAAUGUGCAGAUAUCGGACAUGGAUCGAAAACGCUAGAAUUGCAUAAAAUAUGGUCAGGGCUUAUUACGAAAGAGUUUUUCAGACAAGGAGACACAGAAAGACAGAAGGGAAUGAGUGUGACACCUCUGUGCGAUAGAAAUAAUAUUGUAGUGUCAAGAUCGCAGAUGGGAUUUUUGAAUUUUCUAGCAAAACCAUUAUUUGAGUGUUAUGAAGAAUUUGUGAUUAAUAAUAAUGAAGGGCAAGAUCAAGAUGAGCUGGAGAUUAAAGUUUGUACAAACAAUAUAUUCAAUAAUUUAGCCUAUUGGGAAGAAGAAGCACAAAGACAUGCUGAAGGCAAGCCGGAGUAUGUAUUAGAUGACUCUCCACCUCCUCUGCUGAAGAAAAAAUUGUAUUAA